GGCGGAAUUCCAGGCACCAUGGCUACUGAGGGGCACACACUCGCAGAGAGGGAGGCCCGAGGCCUUAAGGGGGGCAUUAUUGCCAUUGUUUAUAUUGCGUGUGGAUUGGCCACUCAAAAGGGCGUCUCGAUUCUGGAAGCUGGCGGUGGCGAGUGGUUUUCAUUGCAAUUCCACGACGUUAAGGAAAAUACACUGCCCUUGAAGCUUGAAGCGGUUGCGACAGCCUUUUACAAUGACAUCGAAGACGGCUUCAGGGACGGGGCCGUGGCCCUGCUAUCAGAACAGAGCAAGCGGCCGUUCACCGACGUUGUAGAUUUUCUGGCAAGCGAUUUGGAGAUCCCGAAGAUCUAUGUCGUUUGUAAGAAUGACAACGCCGUGCCGUUUGCCUUUCAGCAGUUUAUGGCGCAAGCGUCCGGCGCCGAGAUCGUUGAGCUUGACUGUGGUCACAGCCCAUUCCUGAGAGAAGAAGAAAGACGCCAAAUCGUUGAUCUGAUCAUUGGCGUUUCACAGUAAGUGUUCAAGGGACUGGGAGACGUUGUACUGGGCACAUGCCAUCAGUGAUCUCCGUUUUCGACACUCGGUUUGUUGGCUCCGCCCCCGCACUCGAGGUCGGAGAAUCAUCCGUGAAUGAAGGAUGCGAGGCCGCCAAGUAUGCAUGCAGACAAUCAAAUCUUUUC